AUGCCCAGCCAAGUUCGCAUAUUUACUCGACCAAAGCCUUUGGCCGAGACCCUGGCCGAGCAAGAUCAAGACACAGUCAAGGUACAGCAGCCGCUUCCAAGGCGGCAGCUGAUAUCUAUGUCCAAUAACCACGGCGGGAUACCCGAAGAGGGCGGUAUCACUUUCGCCGCCCAGGAUUCUCUGCCGAAGCUUCCUAUCCCGGACCUGGAGCGCACUUGCGAAAAGUACCUUGCUGCUCUAAAGCCGUUACAGUCGCCCAGGGAGCAUGGCGAAACUCAGCAUGCCGUACAUGAAUUUUUGAAGCACGACGGCCCAGAACUACAAGAGAAGCUGAAGAAGUAUGCUGAGGGCCAGACGAGCUACAUAGAACAAUUCUGGUACGACUCGUACCUAAACUUUGACAACCCAGUGGUUCUCAAUCUUAAUCCCUUCUUCCUCCUCGAGGAUGACCCAACUCCCGCUCGAAAUAACCAGGUCACUCGUGCCGCCUCUUUGGUGGUUUCAGCACUCGAGUUUGUCCGUGCUGUGAGGAAAGAGGAGCUGCCACCAGACAAGGUCAAAAACACACCACUAUGCAUGUAUCAGUACUCACGUCUCUUUGGUACCGCCCGCGUGCCCACCGAGAACGGCUGCCAGAUCGAGCAAGACCCCCACUCGAAACAUAUUGUAGUAAUGGCGCAUGGCCAGUUCUAUUGGUUCGACGCGCUUGACGACAAUUCAGAUGUCAUCAUGACGGAGAAAGACAUCUCCAUCAACCUUCAGACCAUUGUUGACGACGCGAGCCUUACUCCCAUCCAGGAGGCAGCCAAGGGCGCGCUCGGGGUCCUGAGCACCGAGAACCGGAAGGUCUGGUCAGGGCUCAGGGAUAUACUGACCCGCGAUAAAGGGUCCAACAACGCCGACUGUCUCGGUAUUAUUGACUCGGCCCUCUUCAUUCUAUGUCUCGACUAUACCGAACCCGCGACGGCAGCAGCCCUUUGCCAAAAUAUGUUGUGUGGCACGAGCGAGAUCGAAAAGGGUGUGCAGAUUGGAACGUGUACGAAUCGGUGGUACGACAAGCUGCAAAUAAUCGUCUGUAAAAACGGCAGCGCAGGCAUCAACUUUGAACACACCGGUGUCGAUGGCCACACAGUUCUCCGGUUCGCCAGCGACGUCUACACCGACACGAUCCUUCGCUUUGCCAGGACUAUCAAUGGCCACUCGCCCACCCUUUGGGCAUCAACAAGCCCCGACCCCUCCAAGAGGGAUCCCGAGAGCUUUGGAGAUGUCAUGCCAACUCCACAUAAGCUGGAGUGGGAUCUGGUCCCCGAGGUCAGUAUAGCAGUGCGGUUCGCCGAGACCAGGCUGGCCGACCUGAUCGGGCAAAACGAGUUCGAGUGCCUCGACUUCUCGGCUUACGGCAAGAAUUUCAUCACCUCGAUGGGGUUCUCCCCGGACGCCUUUGUCCAAAUGGCUUACCAGGCUGCCUACUACGGCCUUUACGGCCGCGCAGAGUGCACCUACGAACCUGCCAUGACCAAGUUCUUUCUCCACGGACGGACAGAGGCCGUCCGCUCAGUCACGGAUGAGUCUAUCAACUUUAUACAGACGUUUUGGGCCGACAACCCCGCAGAAGCCAAGGUCGAGGCGCUGCGGACGGCCUGCAAAAAGCACGUGAGCAUGACGAAAGACUGUGCCAAAGGUCAAGGGUGCGAUAGACAUUUGUACGCGCUUUUCUGUCUCUGGCAGCGAUUGGUCGAUGAGGAUGCCGGCACGACGACAAACGGGUACUCGAGCGGAAUGAGCGACAACGAAGGCGCCGUCUCGGAGAGGUCGCAAUCCCCUGCCGCCGCCGCCGCCACCACCACCGCCACCGCUGGUGCGGAGAAAGAAAAGGAGAACAGUGACGGGUUGAGAUCUAGGGGCGACAGCACCUCGUCAUCGCAACGGUCAGUCAAGUACGCGACGCUGCCGCUCAUCUUUGCCGACCCGGGCUGGGACAAGCUUAAUACCACCAUCCUGUCCACAUCCAACUGCGGCAACCCAUCCCUGCGCCAGUUCGGCUUUGGCCCCGUCUCGGGGGACGGCUUUGGCAUCGGCUACAUCAUCAAGGAUGAGCGCAUCUCGAUGUGUGUGGCGAGCAAGCACCGGCAGACCAAGCGCUUCGUCGACGCCCUCGAGAGCUACCUGCUCGAGAUUCGCCGCAUCCUCCGCCUCGCCAGCCGUAGGGCCGACUCAUCCGCCGCCGAUGGGGGGCCGCUGGCCGGCAGCAUCGCCGAGGCCAAGCAGCAGACGACGCGCGCCCGUGAGGUUGAUGACGAAAAGCGCCAGCACUACCGGCGCCCUUGGCAGCAGCCCAAUAGGCUAAAGUCCAGGGGCAGGAUGAUUGCCGGCCCGGGAAUGGAGGGAUUGAUGCGCUCAAAGUCGUCACUUACGGGGACGACGUCGCCGACGACGGAGAGCGUGGCUAUGAGUGAGGACGACGAACUUGGUGGCUACGGCUUCUUCGACGCGGGAAUGCUCCUGCAGGCUCUCAAGGCCCGAAACACCCACUUCGACGCGGGCGAGACAAGAGCGAGCGAGAGGGCUGCCGUACAGGCGAGGAGAAACAAUGUCGGCAAGAAAUUACGGCUCAUUGACUAUUAG